AGGUGUCACUGGGGAGGUUUUGGGCAUUUGUGUGAAUUGACAUGGAAUGACCCUUCAGGUUAGGUUAACUGGUGACUCUAAAUUGAGCGUAGGUGUGAAUGUGAGAGUGAAUGGUUGUCUGUGUCUAUGUGUCAGCCCUGUGAUGACCUGGCGACUUGUCCAGGGUGUACCCCACCUUUCGCCCGUAGUCAGCUGGGAUAGGCUCCAGCUUGCCUGUGACCCUGUAGAACAGGAUAAAGUGGCUAGAGAUAAUGAGAUGAGAUGAGAUGUAAACUCCCCGGGUGGCACAGUGGUGUAGUGGUUAGCGCUGUCGCCUCACAGCAAGAAGGUCAUGGGUUUGAUCCCAGCGGCCGGUGGGGGCCUUUCUGUGUGCAACAUUGUUUGCAUGUUCUUCUCUGGGUGCUUUGGUUUCCCCCACAGUCCAAAGGCAUGCAGGUUAGGCUAAUUGGUGGCUCUAAAUUGACUGUAGGUGUGAAUGGUUGUCUAUGUGUCAGCCCUGCGAUGACCUGGCGACUUGUCCAGGGUGCAUGUUCUUCUCUGGGUGCUUUGGUUUCCCCCACAGUCCAAAGGCAUGCAGGUUAGGCUAAUUGGUGGCUCUAAAUUGACUGUAGGUGUGAAUGGUUGUCUAUGUGUCAGCCCUGCGAUGACCUGGCGACUUGUCCAGGGUGUACCCUGCCUCUCACCCAUAGUCAGCUGGAAUAGGCUCCGGCUUGCCUGUGACCCUGUAGGACAGGAUAAGUGGCUACAGAUAAUGGAUGGAUGGAUGGAUGGAUGGAUGGAUGGAUGGAUGGAUGUAAACUCCCUGGGGGAUGUUCAUUAUACUGAAAAGUUUGUUACACUAAAAUGGAGCCACUUGUCACACCAAACACUCACUCUUACAUAAAACAAGACUUUACUUACUUAGACUUUGUUCCUCCUGCUGCCAGUGGAGCACUGGGCAGCAACAGAAGUCCCCCGCUUAUCUCAGUCGUUUGCCAGGAUCUUUGCUUCUGCCCAGCUGAUUCCCAUCCCCGCCAGAUCCAUCAGUACUGUGCUUCUCCAGGUCUUCCUCUCUUCCUCUUUUCACCCACUGACACCCGUGAAGUCUUUGGAUGUCGUCUCUUGUCAAGUCUGAUGACAUGCCCAAGCCUCCUCAGACAAUGCUCCUUGACUGUGGUGCUGAGGGGUCUUUGGGUUGUUCAUUGGUAGAUUUCCUCAUUUGUUACCAUGUUUCGCCAUGCGAUGUCUAGAAUCUUGCGAAGGCAUCUUUGAUGGAAGACAUCCAGCUUCUUUGCAGUUCUCUCAGUCAUUUUCCACAUUUCACUGGCGUAGGUGGCAACCAGAAUUACCAAGCAGCUGUAUGGAGUGGUCUUACUUUUGAAGCUGAUGUGCUUUGAUGACCAGAUUUUGUGGAGUUUUCGGAAGACGGAGCUUGCCUUGCCUAGUCUGCUGUUUACAUCCGGGUCUACAUCUCCCUUGUUAGAGAUGUUGCUUCCCAGGUAGGUGAAGGUAGAUACUUCCUCCACUGGCUGCUGGUUGACUUUCACAGUGAUUGGGUGACCUUGGUAUCCCCCAGGCAACGGCUACAGCAAUGACCUUGGUUUGCGAUACCAUCAUGAAUAAGGGGCGAGCUAUCAGGGUCAGACCUGCAAAGUUCCCCCUGCUCCUGGCAGGUUUAACCAUGGUGGGAUGGAUUGCAGGGGAGCUGCUGCUGGCUAAUAGCACCUGCACCACGAUGGUCCUCCCGGGUGGUAAUAUAAAUACAGGUGGGGUUGGGCAAGGGGUCAGUGACCCCUCCCCAUAAAAACCUCCGCUACAGGAACAGCUACAGAAGCAGAAGAAACAGAUAUUCGGCAAAGAGAGGACAGCACACUCCUCAGAGUGCCAAUGACAAAAGCUGAUGAAACCCAAAAGGAAGUCAACUUCUCGAAAUGCUCAAUUCUCUCUGCCAAAGGAAUUACUAAAUUAGGUACUUGGAAUGCAAGAACUUUAUUUCAAUGUGGAAAACUUGAACAAAUCAUCAAUGAGAUGGAAAACAAGACCAACUGUGUUUAAUUUACAUUUGCGCUUAAUUCACUUACAUAUGUAUGAAGUAAAGAAAUGUCAGUCUUUUCAAUGUCAUAAAAAUAAUGUGAAUACUGUAAAGUACAUGUGGCAGCGAGGGCGUGGUCGAGAGGAGUCAGGUUGAACCAGCAGGUAACGUGUGACGAGUUCCACCUGUGUCUAGUCUAAUUACUGGCUGUCUAUUAAGAUGUCUGUGUGUCUUUCAGAUGGACAGUAAUGAGAGAGAGAGAGCGCUGUGUACCCCAGCGUGGGUACAUGCCGUAAAGUCACUCAAAAGUGAAAGGAAAGAUAAAUAAUAAAAAUGCAUCUUGACCUGUUGCGCCAGUCUCCCAGUUCCUCAUUGUCCCAGCAUACAAGCUGUUACAGUCCGAUACUGCAGUCGUGUCUCAUCAGUUUUACUAGCCGAAGAAACUUGUAAUUCUGGACUGCUUUAAUUUUCGGUCCACUCUCUUUAUCACGAAUUUCUCCUUCCGAGUCACUAUCGCAGUUCACUGACUGAGUUAAAGGAUCACAAACGGAGGCGAUGAUUUAUUCAUCUCUUACGGAAAUGAUGGAGGUUACCAGAGUAUUGUUGUCAAUGUUCACCCACUGGCUCGCUCUGUUUUAUAAAUCGUCACCGUUCAGUUCAUUCAUGAGUUGCAAAUCACCGAUGUCGGCAGUCAUUUCGUCCUUUUGUUGAUCCUUUGAUCACCAUUCUCGAUAAUUGUUAGUGAUUGAUGCCUAAGUGAGGCUAAUUAAGUCUUUGUUUUAUGGUCUUAACUUGUAACUUGACUGCAGUCUUGAUUACUUAUUGUUUGUCUCUGGGGGAAGAGGAACACAUGGCUCAGUCAGUGUGUUUACAUGCACAUCCAAAUCGAGCUACUGUCGGUAAUCGAGCUAAGGGUCCCAGCAGGGGUGCCAGAGAAAUCCAAUCCUACAUGCACACAAGGAAAUCGAGCUAUUGUGUGAGGUACAUUGUGCAUCCGAGCCACAGGUGGCGCUACACGCCCCAUCAUGUUGGUACACUUCCGGUUGUCGUCAUGAAGAAGAGCUAUUCAAGAGUAUAAACAAAGUUAUCAGUUCCGUGUUCACAAGAACGACGACGAGGACAGCAACAUAUAUAUAUAUUCAACUCCUUAAGCUGAAUGAGCAUGAACUCUAUCUCCUCAUUGCUCCAGAAGUGCACGUUUCUACUACUGUUGUCAUGCCGACCAAGGCUGUUGUGUUUCCCGCUUGUGGUCUUGUCACUCGUCACUUCCGGAAGGGGCAGUGCUGAAUUGCUGAGCCACACGGAAGUGAUGUCGGAUAACAGCAGCGGGUCAUCCAAUAACAGCUGGACUCUCCUCUCUCCUGAGGAGGCUGCCACUGACGCUGCUGGACCAGUAGAUGAUGGAACUGAGAGUACUGGUGAUGUACCAAGCCUUUCAGAGGAAGUUGCAGGAAGCCCUUUUGAGGUGAAGCCAAGUGAUAGUGAAGCUCCACAGGAGACUGUCUUGACAGAAGAGGGCCACCAGGUUUGCCAAGAAACAUCCCCAGCAUUAUUUGAUGAGGGAGCAGCGUGUGUCCCAAGUGUUGAGGCUGAUCCUGAGAUUUGCGCACCAGUCAUCCACGCUACCAUCACAACCUCCCCACCUGACAAUGAUCUGCUUGGAGCAGUUCCCUUUAGUAUAUCUACAGAGUCAUCCCUCUUUCUUUCACAUGAGCCUUUCCUUGAAACAUCCUAUGAAUUGUCUUUAUCUGACGUACAGCAUACCUUUGAAUGUUCACCCAAACAAUAUCCUGUACAUGAAGUUGGAGCUGAAGCAAGACCUGAAUUUGUGGAUGAAAUCGGCACUGCCUCGGCACCCGCAGCUGAAAUCGGCCCUGCCUCGGCACCCGCAGCUGAAAUCGGCCCUGCCUCGGCACCCGCAGCUGAAAUCGGCCUUGCCUCGGCACCCGCAGCUGAAAUCGGCCUUGCCUCGGCACCCGCAGCUGAAAUAGGUCCAUCCCCUGAGCCCUCAGAGUUUCCUUUUCCUGAUGUUCCUGCAGAUGCAAGCCUUGUCUCGGAUGUUAGUCAUACCUCUGCUAUCCCUGUGUUGGAUAUUUCCACUGGGGUAAGCUCCCACCCUGAAAACUCAUCUCCUAGUCUGUCUUCAGAAAUUAAUUUUAGCUCUGCAGCUGAAAGCCCUCACCUAGAACCCCCUGCUUCAUUGGUGUUGGAAGAGAAAGAGCUUGUAACUCACAGAGAAGAACAAGAAUCCAUACAUGCCACCAGGGAGGCAGAAUCUCUUGGCACCGAUGUGCCAGUUGAGUACCGAGGAGAGGACAGUGGACUGCGGCAGCGACGUGUGCACUAUCCUGAGGAGCUGAGGCAGAGCUCGGAUGAGGAAGACGGGGAGGAAACGGAGUUUAAGCUGCCUGACAGGAAAGAAGAGAAACCUGGUUUAUCGAUGACUAAUUUGAUGAUAGGAGCUCUGGUACUGUUGUGUCUCGGCUCCUUUUUUUUCUCUGGUACCAUAUUCGACCAAGCUGAUGAUGACUUUGAUGGCUCAGAUUUAAGUGACCAGGAACUUCUUGAAAAACUUGUUGAAGAAAACAAGCAGAUUUCCAUACUGGAAGCCCAAAUACAGGCACAAAAGGAGGAUCUGGACAGAGCGUUGAGGAUGGCUGCAGAGAAAGGAGUCCCUGACAAAGAAUACGCUACGAUGAAAGAAGAAUUGUCUGCAUUGCCAAGACUGAAGGAAGAAUUAGAGGCACUUAAAGCUCGGGUCUCGGAGCUCACCCAACUCACAGGUGAGGGACCCUCAAAACCUUCUCCUGGUUUUGCUGGAGAAAGUCAAAGUGCAGCAGGGCCUGAGAGACAGUGGGGAAAAAAAGAGGAGCUCAUGAGACAAAAGACUCUCUUGGAACAAAGUAAAGCACGUUUGGAAGGAAUGAAAAAACAGGACUGGCCCAAGAAAUGGUUACAAGAAAGACUGGUGGAGAUGCAGCAGAGGUUAUCAGAACAGGUGGACCACAUAAGCAAGAAAGACAAGUGGAGGAGGAAGAACAAAGGAAGGGAAAACAGGAAAACUGAGUGGGGUGACGGUGUCCAAAAGCACAAAGAACUCUUAAAGAAGUACCGUGACGAGUGGGAUUAUAAGAAGGCCGAAAGGAAGCUGGAGAGGGAGAGGAGGAAGCAGGAGAGGUCUUGGCAGGCCAAGCCUGGCCACAAGCACAAGAAUGAUCAUAAAGUGCACCAGCACCAUGAAUCAAACGAUUUCUGGAAAGUUCAAGAGAAGAAGCUCAGGAAAUACCAAAAUCCUCCUGAACACUGCCAUGAUGUGUCCAGCUGUGCUGAAGCAGAGGGCCUCAUUCAUGUUAAGUUCUCGGAGUUUUGGGGCCUCCUAGAUAGCUACCUAAACAAAUUGCAAGGGCCCAGUGUGGAGAAUAAAGAAGCUUUCCGUCAUCUAAUUGCGCAGUUUUUCCACGGUGGCGUCUUCAGCUGUGACCGAAUGCUCUUCAGUAAGUUUGCAGAAGACGUGGCUGACAUCUUGGAGGACCUGGCAGAUGUUCUGAUGGACGAUGAUGUGGUCGAGGAGGAGAUGGAAGAGUUUGAGAGGGAGGCGCUGUGGCAGUUUGCUGCAUAGAGCAGUGAUGAGGACGACGAUGACAAAUAAGAGGAUGACGUAAAUAAAAGGUACCAUGUGAAGAUGAGCAGCGAGCAAUGCUCCUAUUAUAGCCUGCUGUACAUAACUCUUUUCCCCAAGUUAUGAUCUAACUGUAAUAUGCUGAUAGUAUGAGGAGUGUAUUUCUGGAGUUGUUUGUAAAGUUCUUCCAGUAACACCAACAUGGGAGAUCUGAGAAAUAAAAGCAUUUUCCCCUAGCUACAUGGACUAACUGCAGUAUGCUUGUCAUGUUUGUAAGAGGUGUGCUUCUGGAGUCAUCUUGUGAAGUGUCUUUUGUUUACUGGGUGUCAGACACUACCUCUGUCCUUAAACGCCAAGACCCUGGUUCUUGCUUACUGUGCAAAGCAGUGGUUACUUUAACAGUACAUUGUUGUAUUUUGCUCUCAUGUAAAAUCAUCUUCAGGAUAUAACAGUUCUGUUGACGCCCAUUAGCCGAUCAGCCAUAAUGUUAAAAACCAC